AUUUUUACGUGGCUGUUUGGCUGCCGCGAUUUAUGUGGAUAACUCCUUUCGUCCUUUAUGCGGUGAACUACGUGGUCAUUGUCCAAACAUUGAUUUCGCGCUGUCAUCGGGACAGCAUACUGAUGGAGCUACACCAUUUAGUUGUGAAAUUGAACCGCGAGAUAGGCCGAGCUGAAAAGAAGAUGAACUCGAAGCUUCGGAGGCUCUUCUAUGUAAAGACCUUGACUACGUCGUAUCUGAGUCUGUGCUAUGUUUUGGGAACAUUCCUGUGCACCGAUGAAUUAACUUUUUCCAUGAUGCUCAGCGCCAUUCUAAUUAACAACAGCUACAACAUCUUGAUUGCCACAACACACUUCUACUUUGUGUCGUUCUGGCAAGUUGCUCGAGGAUAUGAUUUCGUGAACCAGCAACUGGAGGAGCUCAUCGCCACACGCUCGCCGCUAACAUCCAGAUACGCGGAGGAGAUGCGAAGUCUAUGGUCUCUUCACACCAGCCUCAGCCAGACAGCGCACAAGAUAAACAGGAUCUACGGUCGCCAGAUGUUAGCCUCCCGUUUCGACUAUAUUACAUUCACUGUCAUCAAUGGCUACCUUGGUCUGAUGUACUCGAGCAGGGAACCCAUUAAUUUAUUUGAAAAAUGUUAUGAUGGUCUUCUCUAUUUGAUACGGACGGUGGACUUUUUCAUGACCGACUAUAUAUGCGAUUUGGUGGCUCAGUACCAGAGCAUGCCGAAGCACACCGCUAGCGAGGGCGUCAUGUCUAACGAGCUAAGUUCGUACGUGAUCUACCAAAACAGCAUGAAUCUUAAUUUGAAGGUUUGCGGCCUCUUCCCAGCCAAUCGAAAACAGUGGCUUAACAUGAUGGGGGCUAUUCUAUGCCACUCCGUAAUGCUUCUUCAGUACCAUUUGAUGAUGUCCGCUAAGCAACACAAUCAAUAAAAAUACUAACAAUGCAUGAUUCUAUCAUGUGGACAUGUGGUCUCUAUCAAGAGAAUCGAAGUCUAUGUUUCGAAAGGAUUAGUAGCAUUUUGUAUUACUAUAUAAUGCUC